AUGUUGACCAUAUUUCAUGUUAUAGGCGUCGCUCAGGAGUAUGCUAGGAAAGUCCUUUCUCACACGGAGACGGCAUCGGAGCAGUCAUUAUAUGCGGGUGACGACUUUGGAGAUUUCGCAACUUUCCUUUGGCAGCCGUAUAUCUACAGACCACCACGGCUGAAUUCCACUUUUCCCGUAGUAGAGCCGACUCGCUGCUUCGCCUCGUUAUACAAAAUCUCUGAUGAAACGAUGACCCAUGUCCCAUUUGAGACAGUAGAGAAGUUUGAGGAGCUUGGUCAGACAGUCACACCCAAUAGUGACUCCUUUUCCUUACUCUUGUUGCGUGGUUAUCCUUGUGCAACAUGGUUAAAUGUUUUAGGAGCGAGGUUCAAUAUUGACCCCGAGUUCUUCCGAAGACAUCUACUGUUUGAAUCGAGGCCUAGAAGAAAGACCUUGAAGCACACCGCCAUGCAGAUCCUUCCAUCUUGCUACUCGGACAUGCUGUCGUUACCGGUCACCACCAUUGGCUUGCAGAAACACGAUAUGCAAACCAAGCACGACCAGGAGCAGUUAGAUGAGCUGCGAAGAGAUUGGUCUAAGCGGAUGAGUACCUACACGAGGAAACUUGCUCUAUUGAACUCUCCCGAUAUGGCCGCAGGCCAUCCAUUUGCUCGAGACGUCUCUGUCCACAACUUUGACUCCUUUUCGUUGGAGCAAACAAUCUCAAUCUACAUCCCCCCUGCUUGGAAAGGCCGUUUAGGUAUUGUCUGGCAUGAUGGUUUGCGACAAUUAGGCGAAGAGUUGAAAUGGCCAUGGGAGACUGGAACUGGUGGCACUCGGGCGAACUCGUUUCUGAAAUAUCUACCAACACCGCUGCACCGCCCCGGAAUCUCCUUCAACGGCAGAAGCAAAACACUCAGCAACCAAGCCGAAUCCAUCAAACCGUCAGCAAGGGUCGACAUUGUCUUGCGAGACUACCUUCGGCACAUCGAUCUAGCGCGUGCAGUUCACGAUCCCUUCUACGCCUUGAGCCCGUUCUUCAAUUUGGCAGUUUCGUCUGAAAUGGCAAUACUAGAUCUUGUCGAUACCAAGAUUAGAGAGGAGCUCAACCAUUCUCAUCUAAUUCACAAUAACAAUCUAACUCUGUCGAACCUACUCUACCACCAGCAAGUCCUCCGGCGCCACAUUCGAAACCUCAAAGGGACUAUCGGUGCCAUCGAGUCGUUAUAUGAGCGAGAUCUGUCGGAGAAAACGUCCGAUAGCAAUGUCAAGGGCUCUAACCCACGGAAGAUUGAAUCUAUUCUGAGAGAUUACCGCUCGGCACUUACAUACGCGGAAAGCCUAGCUGCUGAAUGUGUGCAGGGGAUGACCAUCACAGCUCACAAUGCGACGAUCCGCGAGUCCGAAAAGGCCAUUGCCGAAGCCCAAGGUGUGACAAAGCUUACUAAGUUAGCUGUCUUCUUUGUGCCUCUAUCAUUUGUAGCUUCGGUGUUUGGAAUGAAUGUGCAAGAGGUCAAUCCUGGCAGCAAUCCGCCGUUUUGGUCGUGGGUUGUGGCAUCUCUUGCCGUGGGAGUUAUUACCUGGGCACUGUUCAAGUAUGAUGAGCUACAAGACUUGACUAGGAGAGCUUGGAUGAGUUCCAUUCGGAGGAUGUAUAAACCGCCUGCAAGAAGCGAUAAGCUAGGAUUAGAUCCCAGGGUCUGA